AUGGAUCUUGAUCCACCUGGCAUUUUUGUAGAAACCCCAUUCAUUCCCCCCCAUAGCCAGUGGCCCGAACCAAUGGAUCUUGAUCCUCCUGGUAUAUACGUGGCCAUUGAUUAUGGGUGUUUAUCUUAUGAUAAGCAUGACUACGAUGCAAAGCCACUUCAUCCGUUAGUUUAG